AUGUCGACAACACAGGCUCCCAUCCACGGAAACUACCACGGAUACUAUCUGAAGCGUCCGGCCCACGAUGACCCUCGGCUCGCAUUAUUGCCUGUCAGUCUCUUCAAAGACGCUACCGUCCUCGAUGUAGGAUGCAACGAGGGAUGGGUAACCUGCGAGAUAGCACAGAAGCACCACGCCUCACGCGUUGUCGGCGUUGACAUCGACGACACGCUGGUUCGCGCGGCUUGGAGACAUCGGCGAAUUGUUUGGUCUCUACAAGCACCAGAGGAUGACCACGCUUCCGGUGAAGUCUCAGGGAAGCGCAAACGCAGGUCCCCUGCGCCACCUGAGCCAGACUACUUCCCCGCCUCCUGCGAACACUUCUUCGGUCCUAUACCCAUCCCGCCUUCUGAAAUCAGCGGAGGUAGAGCCUCUUUCCCUCACAAUGUCUCCUUCCGUACCGCUGAUUGGACCACGGUGUCCAUACCCGAGGACGAGGAGGGAUACGAUGUUGUACUCGCAUUGUCCGUCUCCAAAUGGAUACAUCUUAAUGGAGGCGACGAUGGCUUGCUCGCCUUCUUCCGCAAGGUUCACUCGGUUCUACAUACCGGCGGGUCAUUCGUUCUCGAACCCCAACCUUGGGACUCGUACCACAAAGCGAAACGGAUGGAUAAGCGCCUGAAAGAAACAGGCCAGAACCUCAAGCUACGCCCCGACGACUUCGAGGCUCUCCUGCGCGACAUCGGUUUUGGCCCAGCGCAGCACUACGGUGCGGCUGGUUCGGGCGGUGCGUACCUUGCCUCUGCCACCCUGUUCUUUUCCGCUCACUCCACCGCCCCUCCAGGCUUCCGCCGUCCCGUAGACGUGUACACUAAACUCUAG